UUCAUCUAUAAAUAUUUUGCAUUGUUUACUUCGAUCUUUGUAUUCUUUGUGGAAAAAUGGAGCUAGAACAACCCAUCUCAAGAGACACCUCAGCUCUCCAAACCUAUUCUUCAAGACUGAGUAACUCAACAACAACGACAAGAAGAGGUUCUAGAGCAGCCGUUGAUCUUUGCUACGGAUCGGAAUCGUUCGGGACGCUAGAGAUAGGCGUGCCGAAGAGCAUUUCGUCGGAGAAACGACUGGCUUGGCUACGGUCUCAGAUCAUUGGUGAUGAUAUAGAGUUUGAUUCUCCCUUUGGUAAACGAAGACUUACGUAUGCUGAUCAUACUGCCUCUGGUCGUUCUCUUCAUUACAUAGAGAAUUUUAUCAUCAAUAAUGUUCUUCCCUUUUAUGGAAACAGUCACACAAGUGACAGUUACGUGGGGCAUAGAACAACAAAAAUGUUAGGUGAAGCAACCCAAUACAUAAAACGAACCCUAGGUGGCACCGGAGAAGAUGACGCAAUCAUGUUCUGCGGCUCAGGCUCAACCGCCGCUAUCAAACGAUUACAAGAGGUGAUGGGCAUAGCCGUGCCCUCAAUUCUGAGAGAAAGGUUCGUUAAAUGCCUGAGCGAUGAGGAGAGGUGGCUGGUUUUUAUUGGUCCACAUGAGCAUCAUUCAAAUAUUUUGUCGUGGCGGCAGAGCUUGGCCGAGGUGAUAGAGAUUGGAUUAGAUGAGAAUGGGUUGGUGGACAUGGAAGGUCUGGAAAAGUUGCUGUGUUCUUAUGGAAGUGGUAACCGCCCCAUUUUGGGAUCGUUUUCAGCUUGUAGUAAUGUGACUGGAAUUGAGAGUGAUACUCGAGCGAUUGCUCGGCUGCUUCAUCGAUAUGGAGGAUUUGUUUGUUUUGAUUUCGCCGCUAGCGGACCUUACGUGGAGAUAGACAUGAGAUCUGGCGAAAUAGACGGCUAUGAUGCAAUAUUUUUAAGUCCACAUAAGUUUCUUGGUGGACCCGGAUCCCCUGGAAUUCUUCUAAUGAGUAAAACUCUCUAUCGCCUCAAGUCUUCUCCGCCGUCAACUUGUGGAGGUGGAACUGUUCAUUAUGUCAACGGCUUUAAUGAGAAGGAUACGCUAUAUACUGAUGACAUAGAAGAGAGAGAAAAUGGCGGAACGCCUCAAAUAAUUCAAACAAUCAGAGCAUCACUAGCAUUUUGGGUUAAAGAAUACAUCAGCUACAAGACUAUUGAAGAAGAAGAAACUAAUUACAUAUCCAUAGCAUUACGAAGAUUAAAGUCCAAUAAAAACAUUUGUAUUCUAGGAAACACAAGUGCCAAACGACAAGCGAUUUUGUCGUUUCUCGUAUAUUCGACUACCAAUGAUGUUUCAUCUUCUUCAUCUUCUACGAAGGAUGAUCUUUACAUGUGGGCAGAGAGCGGGAAGAAUAGAGAUAAGCCUCUGCAUGGGGCGUUUGUUGCAGCAUUGCUUAAUGACUUGUUUGGUAUUCAGUCCAGAGGUGGAUGCGCUUGUGCUGGUCCUUAUGGUCAUGCUUUGCUUAACAUCACUGAGCCUCAGUCCCUUGCUAUACGAUCUGCCAUACACCAGGGAUAUUCAGGAAUAAAGCCAGGAUGGACAAGAAUAAGCUUUCCAUACUACAUGUCAAGUGAAGAAUUUGAGUUCAUUCUCGCAGCAGUCGAAUUCAUAGCCAUUUACGGCCAACGUUUUCUACCACUUUAUCGUUUCAACUUCAAUAAUGGCAGCUGGACUUUGAAGAAGAAGGCGUUCAAGGACUUAGCACAGCACAAACACAACGGAUUCAAUGCAAUCGCUGCUAAAGAUGGUGGACAUAUCAUUAUGAAUAAGUUUGCAUCAUAUCUCCGUACCGCCAAACACAUUGCCAAUUUGCUUCCUAAAUUCCCCUCUAUGCGUACGCUUCCUCAAGAUUUAGAUCAUAAUCUUUUGUAUUUUCGAGUUUAAUCUACUCCGACCGUUAUGUAGUUCAUGAGUUUACGAUAUGUUCUUUCUUUCUUUUUUAUCAUUUUUGUUGAGAGACCACUAGUUCAGGUUGAU